UUGAGUUUAGUGAACAGCCCAUCUAAUGAACAUCUUCUUAAGCCUUGAACCCUAGAUUUAAUAAGUAACAACUAAUAACCAAAGAUUCAAGCCUAAAGAUGAGCGAUGAAAUUUGAAAAGUAAUAAACACCUGUGGAUUUUACUGAAGAUCAAAAUAAGAUGAUGGCUUCGAGUUUGGGUUCAGAUUCUUCCACUUCCUCCGACGUUCCCCAAUUUCAUCACACCCCUUCUUUCUGCGAAGAAAAUGUGUAUUUGCUCUGCAAGAAACUAUGUGCAGAUAAAGUAGCUGAUGUAUCAGAUCUCUUUGUUGUCUUCAUUUCCAAUGAGAAUAAACAUGUUCCAUUGUGGCAUCAGAAAGCUAGCCAUAGAGCUGAUGGGGUAAUUCUAUGGGAUUACCAUGUAAUCUGCAUUCAGAGAAGAAAAGAAGGAAAGUCCAUGGAUUUAGUAUGGGAUUUAGAUUCAUCUCUUCCAUUUCCAUCAACUCUAUCAUCAUAUAUAUCAGAGAGUAUAAGGCCAUCUUUCGAGCUAUUUUCUGAAUUUCAGAGGGUUUUCCGUAUAGUCCAUGCUCCUAUAUUUCUCCGUUAUUUUGCUUCUGAUAGAAGACACAUGAAGGAUUCUCAAGGAAACUGGAUGGCUAAUCCACCUGAAUAUGAAGUGAUAGUAGCUGAAGAUGGAAAUGUGCACAACCUAAACGAGUACAUUGAAAUGUCAACAAAAGAUGUGUUGAAAGAUUUAGGUGAAGACAAGAUUAAUGCGGUUUUUACCAAGCAAUUUGGGUUAUUAGUAGGGAAUAGCAACGUACUUUACUCUUGCUACCAAUGUGGACAAUAUUUCCUUUUUCCCCAUAAUAGCAACAUAUUUGUAAUUAUUUUACCCAUAAUAACAAUGUAUUUACAUUUCUUUACGGAUUAUAUAUAUAGGCAGGCAAACAAGCAAAUUCAGAAGACCCACAAGGUUGAGAACGUGAAAACAUGUCACAGCCUUUAAAUGUUAGGAACCGUGAGGAACACCCGAAGUUAAGGACAUAUUUGCCAACUGUCAUUUUUCUUAUUACCCUACAUUAUAUAUGAAAAUCAAAUAAGAUCUAAAGUAAAAAUCAUCUCACCAUCCUCUCCAUCAAGAAAAAAAAAACCUAGCCGUCAAAUGCUUUUAACCUUUUUUGGCCACCAUGUCACCAACGCCACAGACUUAACCCCAACAGAUCUUGCAUUUGCUUCGCCACUACAGCGACCACCUCCUACUCCUUUCGUUUCCGUUCUUGCUCUGCUAUGAGCAUCAACACCAACACCAACACCUCCUCCUCCUCGUAUCAGAAUUGUUCCACCACAGCCACCUCUUCUUUACAUUUUAUUAAUAAAAAGACAAAAAUCUCCUCCCAGCUCCUCUUUAUUUAUCACUCGUUCAGAAAAUGAAAACAUAUUAUCAUUUCAACCACACCCAAUGAA